AUUACGUCGAUUUCGGGGAAGCCUGACGUGUGCAUGGUCAUGAGUCUCAAGGUUUUCAUUUUUUGUGUAGCAGCGUGCUGCCUUUACGGUGCAGUAGCGGCUCGCACACUAGACCAAGCCAGAGCAGCACCUGGAGGCGAAGGAGAAAAGAACCAGUACAAGCUACCUCUAUUUGGUGGGCGUUGCGAAGUGGGAAUCGUCGGUGUCGACGUCUCUACCAGAACCAGCACAAAAGCAUUCAACUGUUUGAGAAGAAACGGUAAAGAAUUUGCGAUAGUUCGUGCUUUCCGGAGUAACGGUAUCACUGACGUCAACGCACCUUCGACGAUUGCAAGUGCUUGGGCUGGUGGCUUCAGUCGCGUUGACAUCUACAUAUUUCCGUGCUUCAAUUGCGGUAAUCCUAGUUCCCAAGUGACAAGAACAGUUAAAUUGUUAGAAAACAGCCGAUACAGAAUGAUCUGGAUUGACGUGGAGCAACAGGCAUACUGGUCUAAUGACAAAGCAGCCAAUCGAAGGUUCUUUACAGAAAUGUUACAAACAGCACAGAGAUACAAGCCAACAGGAGUCUACACUUCAAUGUAUUACUGGCCUGAAAUCAUGGGCUAUGAUUUCACUGGCGCAGCACACGUGCCUCUCUGGUACCCGCGUUUCGAUACUGACCCGUCUUUUAGUGAUUUUACAUCGUUUGGAGGAUGGGCAAGACCAAAUAUCAAACAAUUCGACGCCGAUAAGGAAAUGUGUGGAGCUGUCGUCGAUCUGAAUUGGCAGCCUGGAAACAACGUACAAAGUGAAAGAAGUGUUGUUCACUGAUCGAGACCGUGAAAUGCUUUCUGUUGGUGCAAUAUAGAGCUGCAUGGUAGAUGAAGUAGAAGCUUGUUUGUACGACAAUCAGGAGGAUAUUGUAUCCUAGUAGAGCUAACAUUGCACAAUUCUAAAAA